AUAAGUGUAUCUCUCUCUCUGUACUUUUCAGUUUUCACUGUAAUAAAAAGUCUUACCGGCAGCUCGUUUCCGACCUGAAUUCUCUCUUUCUUCUCUCCCUUUCCGAAUUAUUAUUGCAUCUAUCAUUCAUUGUCCAUUUCAAAGCAGCCCUCUUUUUGUUUCAUUCGAUUUUUAUCUGUUUCUGUUGAAUACAAAAUUAAAAUUCAGUGCAGGACUUGGGUUGAUUUCUACCGUUGAUUAAUGAGAAUAUUAUCGAGGAAUCAUUAAUAGCUGUUUCGGUUUACAUCCGCUGGGUCCCAAGUUUCAAUCCUUUUUAUGUUAAUUUCUUGUAAUAAUUGGUGAUUCUGGGUUUUUAGGCAGUAAUGCCUGUUGGGUUUUUGAGUUCUUGAUUAGUCUUUAGCUCUGAUUGAUCUUCUUGAUUCUGGGUUUUUUUUUUCGUAAGCAAGCAAAAGAAAGAAAGUUUUUGUUGUCCUGAAUCGGAAAGGUUCAGAAGCUUGUUCUUGUUUCUAUUCUGUCUGAAAGGAUGAAAUUCGUCAAUAAAAUGGGGUGAAUUUUUGUAAAUGAAGUGGAUACUUGGAUGGUAUAAUUCAAAGGGUGCCUGAAUAUUCAUUACUUGAGACAAUUUAAUGUUAUUUUUGCCAUUGUUCAAUUGUGGAAUAAGGGGAAAGUUUCUUGAUUGAGUGGACUCGGGGGUGAAUAUAUAUAGUUUGGAAGGAUUUUUCACUAAAUUUGUGACGGAUCCGAAUACGGAAAAUAGGGGGGUUGGCUGUUUGGCUGGACUGGAGUAUUUACUGGAAAUAAUCAGGUCCCUGAUAAUGGGAUGCUGCUUAUCCAGUGAGACCAGGAAUCCUCUUCCUAGUUCUCCGGUGGAGGUAAGGAAGAGGAAGGGCUCAAGAAAUAGGCUGGGGUCUCGAAAUCCAUCCUUUGAUUUUAGGAGGGAUGAACAACUACGUAAGACUCCAGGCCGCAUGUUCUUAAACGGUUCCAGCGAGGUUGCUUCACUCUUUACCCAGCAAGGCAAGAAAGGAACCAAUCAAGAUGCCAUGCUUGUUUGGGAGAAUUUUGGUUUGAGAACAGACACGGUCUUCUGUGGUGUUUUUGACGGCCAUGGUCCCUAUGGUCAUUUGGUUGCAAAGCGAGUCAGAGAUUCUCUUCCUUCAAAACUGAGUGCACAUUGGGAAGUUGAUAUAAAGAGUGAUGAGGUUCUUAGGGCGGGUAGUUUGAAUAGUACGGGAAGUAGGUGCUCUGAAGAUACCUCUUUCUUAACCCUUGAUGAGUUGUCUAUAGCUUCCGUUUAUCUUGAAGACGCUGCAAAGCAUCCAGAGGAUUUCCAGACACUGAAGGAGUCCUUCCUAAAGGCUUUUAAGGUUAUGGAUCGGGAACUGAGAAUGUAUUCAAAUGUCGAAUGCUUCUGUAGUGGGACAACAGCAGUGACUCUAGUGAAACAGGGUCAGGAUCUUGUAAUUGGAAAUGUUGGGGACUCUAGAGCUGUAUUGGGUACAAGAGAUGAAAACAAUUCGCUCAUUGCUGUCCAGUUGACUGUGGAUCUAAAACCAAACCUUCCAGCUGAAGCAGAGAGAAUCCUCAAAUGUAAGGGACGUGUAUUUGCCCUUCAGGAUGAACCUGAGGUUGCAAGAGUGUGGCUGCCAAACAGUGACUCUCCUGGCCUCGCUAUGGCACGUGCAUUUGGAGAUUUUUGUCUAAAGGAGUUUGGUCUUAUCUCUGUACCUGAAAUUUCCUAUAGACGCAUCACUGAUAAGGAUGAGUUUAUAGUAUUGGCAACAGACGGGAUUUGGGAUGUGCUCUCAAAUGAAGAAGUCGUAGACAUUGUUGGGUCUUGCUCCACUCGUUCGUAUGCAGCUCGAAUGCUAGUAGAGUCAGCAGUUCGGGCUUGGAGGUCCAAAUAUCCAACUUCUAAGGUUGACGACUGUGCUGUUGUUUGCCUCUUUCUUGAUUCAAAUCCAAACAAUUCUACUGCUCCUACCACCGAACGCAGAGAGAAUAUCUCUACAGAAGGGCAUGAGGAUACCGACCAGAAAGAUGAUUCCUUUAGUCCAACUGGAUUGGACCGCUCUGGCACAGUUAGAACAAACGAAGAGGCCCGUGGAGUGGACAAUGUAGAAACUUCAGAUGCAAAUGAUGAGGUAGCCUCAAAUAAUAAAGGAAAAAACAUGGAGGUUGGAAAAGGGUGGUCUACGCUCGAAGGAGUCUCCCGUGUAAACACUUUACUGAACUUGCCAAGGUUUGUCCCAAACAAAGACGAGAAAAAGGCUGCAGGAGAGACAGGCUAGAAAUCCUCAUUUGAUUUUUAUUUUUCACAUUCAUUUUUAAUUUUCCCCGUUUAUCAGGUGUUUUUCUUCAUUGUCUACAGGAAGGAACAGUUAAAACAUUUAGGAAAAAAUGAUAUUUAUUCCGGACCGGAGAGGUGGGCCCGGCUAUAUUAGAGUGUCUGGGAUCUUCCUUUUUUAUCUUGUGUGGGUAGAAUAGGAAUUUUGUGCAAUCCAACUCUCCAUCUUUUCGUUCUUUUCUACAUUUUUUAGUCCUUGAAAUUGUGUAAUUUCUAUCCCUUUUAUGUUGGAUAAUAUUUGUGUUAAUGCAAGCUUCUUUCAGUGCAACUUGUCA